AUGUGCCGAAUGUCGAUUGAAUCGCGUCGUCGUCGUCGUGUUCGUUCAUCAUUUGCCAUUCAUUAUUCUAUUAUACCUGUUUCGUUAGACGAUCGUUUUGCUAUAAUUAAUUGUACAACAAAAACUCAAGUAUCCUAUGAAAUGAUUGACUGGUAUUUCAAAAAUCGUGUCAUAUGGCAACGUGGAAAAACUGUUUAUAAACGUUAUAAGAAUCUUGUUUUGUCACAGUAGUUAUAUACUGUAUUUAUUCGUUACUCCUCUUCACUUCUGAACU